AUGGAAUUACUUUCCCAGCCCACGCUAACAGCUUUGCAAGUCUGUGGAACAGUCGGACUUCCAGAAAAGUGUUUCCGAGUUAUUGUUAAAAAUGCAUUGGAUUGCAUUUUCAGUCAGCAUGAAGAUGAGAUUCUAAUAGAUAAAGACACUGUGGAGAUAGAUGCUGCCAUCUUGAAGCAAACAUACCUCGCUAUAAUGACGUUGUUUGUUGAAGCCUCGAAAACAGAUACAAGCUCUGAGCAAUUCAGUAUGGUUUUAGAUGACUGUAAAUUGCUCCCGAAACAAAAAGAGAUUUUGCAAGAAUCAUAUAAGCUAAACAAGCAAAAGGUACGAUCACACUUGGCCCGAAUUAACAAAGGCUUACCUCAUGUAGUUGAUAUCGAUUGGAGACUUGAUUACAACAUGAAGAAUAGUCAGUUGAAUAAAGUUAUGGAUUUGAAAUACACCCUUUCCUUUAAAACUGAACAACAGUUGUGUGGUGAAAUAAACUCUAACCAAGAAGAUAAUGUGCAAUUUUCUUGCACGCGUGAACAGUUGCAAGACUUUGUUGGAAAAUUAAAAGAAGCAGUAAAAUCAGUUGAAAGGGCAAGCCAAAGCUGA